CAUCCUCGCAUUUGUGCUUGUCUUCCCUUUCAACCCUGUGACAUGUUAUUUUCUUUUACAACAACGGUUUGAAAUUCGGUGCAGUCAGACCUUUUGCGUUGAUAGAAUUCACAAGAGCUUUCAUUCAGAUUAAGUGCAGCCCUCCACUUCUUAAAUCGCUGUUUUGACAGUUUGUGGAGUUGACAUCAGUUAAGGAACUCAAUUCAACUGAAGUCACCCGAUUCUGUCAAGCCACUCUCAGAGUGCUGAAGUUGACUCUUUUGCAGGUUUUGUUCAUAUCUCAUAUUGAGGAGAAGCAAUGGAGGGUCAUAUCUUUGAGUAUCACAAAGAGGAGGACACUGUGGACAUUGAAGCAUUCCAGGGAGAGAAGAGGAGACUCAUUCAGCCAACGUCUUUAAAAGACCCCAAACUUGAAAGGCUAAAGGAGGCAUUGGUUGAUUGGAUCAAUAGGACUUUGAAAAUGGAGCACAUAGUGGUCCAGAGUCUGGAAGAAGAUCUGUACGAUGGACUAGUGCUUCAUCAUCUGCUGUCCCAGUUAGCCGGUGUGCAUUUGCCCGUGGAGGAGAUGGCGCUAACCAGGACCGCUCAGCUCCACAAGCUGGAAGUGAUCCUGGAGGAGUUAGACAAGAGGCUUGGUCUGCAGGACAGCUGCCAGAUCAAAUGGAACAUCAAACUCAUCCACAACAAAGACCUUCUGGCCACUAUUCAUCUGCUGGUUGCCAUGGUGAGAUGUUUCCAGCCUGACCUGGAUUUGCCACCAAAUGUGAAGGUUGAUGUUGUGGCGGUGGAAGUCAGCAGUGGUGGAAUCAAAUCACAUGUACAGAUUGAGGUCCUAACAGAGGAUAGCAACACAGGCUCAGACUUCCUCAGCAAUUCUGAAAGGGAGGAUCCCAUUGAGCAACUGCUGAAGCUGGAGGCUCACAAGGUCAACACGGUGAAAAAGGCCAUUUUACACUUUGUCAACCAGAAUAUGUCAAGUAUGGGUCUGCAGGUGGCUGAUAUGGACAAACAGUUUGCGGAUGGUGUGAUUCUGCUGUUGCUGAUUGGACAGUUGGAAGGCUUCUUCAUCCCACUCUACGACUUCAACCUGACCCCUGUCAAUCAAUCUGAGAUGCUUCACAAUGUGACCUUGGCCUUGGACGUCCUGAAUGAUAUUGGCCUGCAAAUGUCCAGUGUUAACCCACAAGAUAUUGUCUCCCAGGACGUCACUGCCACCUUGAAGGUCCUGUACGCCCUGUUCAACAAGUACAAAGAGAAAUGAGACUGGACACACACAUGAAGAGGAAUUCAGCAACUGGAAACACAAACAAAGCUGAAGAAAUACUGUAAAUCUAAUUAUUUAAAGGAUGAAGUAGAUUAUUUGUAGAUAUUUUUUUGAUGUUCUCAGGCUAAUUUGAAAUAAGUGCAAGAAGCUUAAGUAGCUUUAAGAACUCAAUCAUGAUCAAAGUAGCAGUGUCUAAGGGCCCGGUAAGACCAGCAUUUAUGACAGCAACAUUUUGGAGCAAAAUCAGUUAAUUUCAGUUAAUCGGCACGUUUUUUUUCCUCAUAGAGCUUAACUUUUGAAGGACUUUGACACGUGAAUUUGCACUGCUGACCAACAGCAAACCGUCUUGACGGUGCUGACCUUUCUGGGUAUAUGGAGCCAAAGAGUCCAAAACAGAGAAAGUCAAAGGUACAAAUAAGACUCUUAAAUAAACCCUAUUAACUUAUCGUCUAGUUUGUGAAUGAGCUAUUUUGGCCGGUCAGUAUGUCACCGGCUGGUAGGCAUGUUAGCGGGUAGCUCACCAACUAGACCUGCAACAGGUCACUAUGUCACCGAGCCUUCAGCAUCACCUAUUUAGUGAGGAGAGGUGGAUACGAGUCUAGCUAUCAACCGAACAAAGUGGGCAACUGCCCCAAGGGCCCAGGGACCCCAAAAGCAUCAGGUUUGUUGUAUGUCAGUAGGUUUUAUACAAUUUGAUUCAUUGCAAAAUUGUCAAGGAAAUUUGCACAACUUAAGUGCAAAAUCAACUGAGAUAAGCUCUACAUUAUUGCCUAUUCUUGUGGAUUUGUCUCUUGGCCCUAACUCGUACAGGGUCCCUGUUUCAAAAAUCUAGUAUUAGGACUUUAUUUUAGCUCAUAUUGUGCUCACGGUGCAUUCAUAAAUAAAUCUGUCUUUUGCUGUGCCCCCUUCUGCGCUGAUAGAGCACUAAGUACUGUAUGCCUUCAUAGCCUUCUUAAAUCUUGUUGACAGUGUAAGGACAAUAAAGUGUUAAAGCAUAUCUAUAUCCGAACUUUUUUUAAACAUAUUUUACUUUGACUUUCACAAUCAAUCAAAAUAUAUGUGGUGUGUAUGGGUGUUAUUUCCUGGUAAUUUACUGUUUUUCUUUUCCCUCACUGUAUUUCCUUUUUAGUCUGACACUGCUCCAACACGGCACUUUUCAUUCUUACUAUACAACUCCCCCAUCCUUGACUGCCACUUCUCAAUAAACAAUGUGAAUUUAUUUCUCUUCUCCUUCCCUCUGUUUCUGCUGACAGUCUUUGACCUCCUCUCCUCUCUUUCUAGUCUGUGAAUGCAAUUUUCAGGAAAUUUUUGAGAUUUUUUUUCCCAUCAAAAUGUGCACAACUCAGUGUCACACAAAUGUUGAAAGAGUGCAGCAGGCAGCGAUGGAGGGAGGCAC